AUGUGGGACGAGGAGGACAACAACCCUUAUGGUUCUUACGGACGCGAUGUCUCGACCGAGCAGGACAACCCUGCUCUGAGCUCCUCAUAUACUGAGCAAGCCGGAACACCACCCUCAUCGCAGGCUUCUCCUCAGCGCAAUCCAGCUUUCUAUUCGCAAGAUGCCGAUCUUAGUGAGGAUGAAGACCAGCAAGGUCAAAACCAUGGUGGUCCACGGAAAGGUGGUUACGAUGGACGUAUCCAGCAAAUUCUUUACGAGGAUCCUGAGCUUGAGAUAUUAAUCGUGGAGGCCGGCAAGAGUCCCGACGGAAACUUCAUUGCAUAUCGUGUGCGCACGGCAGACAUUGAGGUCUCACGACGAUACUCCGAGUUCGCCUCACUACGUAAUGCGCUCGUCAAUUUACAUCCUACGCUCGUCGUCCCACCAAUACCGGAGAAGCACACCAUGGCCGACUACGCUGCGAAGCCUACCAAAGCGAAAGAGGAUAAACACGUAAUAGAACAGCGGAAAAGAAUGCUGGCAGUGUUUCUUAAUAGGUGCCGGCGCAUGAGGGAGGUCAUGGACGAUGGAGUCUUCUGGCGAUUCUUGGAUCCCAAUUCAAGCUGGAACGAGGUGCUGCACGCCCAUCCCGUAGUCUCGAUACCAAAGAACAAUCUCAAAGCACCCCCUCUAGAUCCAGCUAACCCAACUCCUGCACAUAACUGGCUUCCUGUACCUUCGUCCUCGGCAAAGCUCAAAGGCACGACAUCUAGUACAGGUACACCUGUGUCGCCUAUUGAGUAUCACACCAUGCCUUCGGCUGCGGCCCAUAGCACUCCUGGCCCUCAAGUCUUCGGCCGCUUCCCUAUACAUGCAGACAGGUUAUCGGAAGGAGAACUAGACCCUUACUUUAUCAACUUUGAGGCUUCAACGAAGGAACUGGAACUACUGUUGCAGGGCAGUAUCGACAAGGUGAACCGAAGGACUCUAGAACAUCUGUCAAAGCUCUCGGCCGACCUUGCCGAGCUAGGAGCACGUUACAACGGCUUCUCGUUAUCAGAACAAUCACCAUCGGUCGCAGCAGCAAUAGAAAGAAUCGGUCAAGCUGUAGAUAGCACGUACCUGUCCACCGAGGACUUGUCCAACAGCUUUGGUGCAUCGUUUGCCGAGCCCAUGCGCGAAAGUGCACAGUUUGCAGGCGUCGUACGCAGUGUUUUACGUUACAGGGUGCUGAAAAGGGUUCAGCAGGAGAUGACAAGGGAUCAGUUAGAGCAGAAACGCAGCCUCCUCGAUACACUGGAACGAAGUGAGCAGGAGUCAAAGCGAAUCGAUGCAUAUCUGUCAUCAAGUACAGCUAAUCUGCCACAACGAUCUGCUUCUUCGGCAUCAGCAAAGAAAGCUACGCAACAAGGCACACCAGUAAAGCCUCAGACUGAAGAGACACAGUCGAUAGAUUCAGAUUUCCCGCCUACUCAUGGGGAAGCGCCAUCUUCACCACCAUCUGCAACCCAGGGUCAACCAUCAGAGGGCCCAAUGUCGCCUUCGCACAAAAAGACACAAAGUGGAAAUUUUGUGACCAACAAGAUCUUUGGCAGCUUCAGACACGCUGUGAAUGGGUUUGUAGAUUCGGAUCCAGAGCGGACAAGACGCGACCAGAUGGGUAAGACAAAGGAUAGUUUGUCGCAGCUAGAACAAGCAUUGGAAGUGUCUGAGAAGGAUGUAAAGGAUGCUACGCAGGGAGUAAUGAGAGACCUCAAGAGAUUCCAAAAGGAGAAAGAGGAUGACCUGACGCGGUAUAUGGUCGCUUACGCAAGGUGUCACAUUGAGUGGGCGAGGAAGAAUCUAGAAACUUGGACGGAGGCAAAGGACGAGGUUGACAAGAUCUCGACAAGGAAGGCGGUCUGA